CGAAUAAAACGCUUUUAAUAAGGAGUUAAACUUCAUAUUAAUUUCUAUCUGCCUGAAAUGAUUUCAAGCACUGAGUGGAUAUAAAUUGGGAUUAUAGAAGACUGGAUUGAUGGAUUCUCUUAAGUUUGGACGCGUUUUGAAGGCAGUACACAGGGUUGGUGAAGAGAGACGGAGGAAACCUUUCAGUGGACCAAAGAAACAUGGUAAUUCAGUCAAUGGCUGUCAAGGUGAGGUGCAGGGAAGACGUGGAGGCGGACAUAAACGCAGGACUGUGUCCAGGACCUGCAACUGAGGAAGUUGGUGUCCGUUUCCAUGGAUGGUCCGAACGUCAGUUGGAAGUUCUUGGAGCACCUGCAGCAGGACCAUGCAGAGGAAUUUGGUUCCCAGCUGAUCGCAGUGGGAAGUUGUGGUCUGCAUACACUCCAUAACUCCUUCAAAGGUGGAUUUGCUGUCUGGCAGAUCAACAAGGUACUUCAAGCACUCCACACCAUUUUCCACAACACUUCUGCCAGAAGGGAAGACUUCACCACCCUCACAAAGUCGUCUGUUUUCCCAUUACCAUUCUGUGGCCAUUGCUGGAUCGAGAACCUGCCAGUGGUGAGCAGAGCCAUUGACGUAUGGCCCCAGAUUGAGAAGUACGUCGAUGCAGUUACAAACAAACAAUUCCCGGCUCCCAGAACAGCAUCUUAUGACUACCUUGCUGUGGCGAGGCAGGACCCUCUCAUCAUGGCGAAGUUUCACAUCUUUAUGGCUAUCUCCAGAAUCUUUACACCAUUCCUCACAAAAUACCAAACAGACGAGCCUGUGUUGCCAUUCAUCAGUCAAGAUUUGACUGUGCUGAUCAAGAGCCUACUUAAGAGGUUCAUCAAAUCCGAGGUCCUGAGAAGCAUCACUCCACUUCAACUUGUCAAAUUGGACUCCACUGACAAGACGGCAAGAGUUCCACUCAAGAAUGUUGACAGAAACCGUCCUGAAGCUGAUGUGAUAAUCCAGCAGUUUGAAGCAUGCUUGUCAUUGGAGGCAAAAUCAGAGUCCUUCUUGUCAUUCCAGCCGAUGCAAACCAGGCUUGAUGUUUUCCUACAUGGCCACCUGUGCAAGUCCUAUCCUGAGCUUUGGACUUUCUGUAAGAAGCUUCUGCUUCUUUCCCAUGGCCAAACAACUGUGGAACGUGGCUUUUCUAUACCUGGAAGGAGAAAGAAGAAAACAGGAGAGCCAGGCACAGAAACAAAAGAGAAAGGCUGCCGAGGACCAGGUUGAGGAACUAAGAAAAAAGAGGGUGGUCCUGAACGAAGUGGCCGCCAGCCUUGAAAAAGAUGCCGACAAGCUUGCUGAACAAGCCGAAGGGAAAGCAGGAACCCUGAUG